AUGGACAUUCCCACUGAUACUGUCAAGGAUCGUACAAGGCAUACCAGAGCUUACAAGAUUCCGGAUAUUGAUGUUUCGGGAUUGAUUGGUUUGAGUUCUCGGUUGGAAGGGGAGGACUAUCAACUGGUGCCAACACUCGAGGAAUUUUCUUACAUACUCAACAUCCGAAUCACUGAUGAUGUACCUUUCAUUCGAAUUCCCGAGGUUGUGAGAUUUGAAAAAAUAGCUGAAGCUCUUCACAUGGGUAUAAAGGAGGUGGAAAGAAAUUGGAAGUCAUCGGGCGGUGUUUCUGGUUUCUAUCUUUGCUUUUUGAUCAGUAGGGCUGAGGAUGCGGCGAAGAAGGAGCAGUGGGUUGAUUUUAGUCGUUUGCUUGCCAUCAUGAUUUAUGGUAUUGUCUUGUUCCCUUCAAGAGAGAAUUUUGUGAGUUUGGCGGCGAUUUGUGUCUUUAUGAACAAAAACCCCGUGCCAACGUUGCUUGCAGACGCUUAUUUUUCGAUCCAUUCGAGAAGUAAGAAGGGAGGAUAUGUUGUUGGUUCUUGUCUUCCGUUGUUGUAUCAGUGGUUCAUGUUGCAUUUGCCGGUGAGAGGACCUUUUGUGCUCAAGAAGAAUUCUCUUAAGUGGUCAGAUAGGAUUGUUAACCUCACAUCUUAUGACAUCAGGUGGAACUAUUGUGUGGGGAAGAUUUGGAACAUCAUCACUAGUUGCGGUCAAUAUCCCAACGUUCCUCUCAUGGGAACCAGAGGUUGCAUUAGUUACAAUCCCACCCUCUCCUAUCGUCAAUUGGGAUAUGCAAUGGAAAGGGCUCAGAAUGAUGUAGAAGCGUUUGAAUCAGUGUACUUUGCUGAUGGUAAAGAUUCUCUGGAGCUAGAGAAGAUAGCGUAUGCUUGGACCAAAGUUCACAAGAGAGAUCAGAAUACUUUGAGCAAGAAAGUUCCUAUUGCUAUGGGUCCUUACCGAAAGUGGGUUGAAGCAAGAGUGGCACAUCUGUUGUUGCCAUUUGCGAGGUCAUGUCCAUUGUAUGAGCAACCUCCCGUGGUUUUAUCUGAUACCGUUGCGGCUGAACUCUAUAUUCAAACUGAAGUGGACAACAUCAAACUAAGAGCAAAGGACAAUGAGGUUGGCUUGGAGAGGUAUUUUCAAGAUCGCGAAAAGGCGGAAUUGGCUCGUAAGCUCAAGCAUGCGCAAGGUGAAGGUUCAAGCAUGACACGUGCCCAAAGGCGAUCUCAUGACUUGAUGGAAGAAAGCUUGUACCGAAAACAACAGGAAUGUGCGAAGUUGCGAAGGUCCGAAAGCAAUAGCAAGAGAAAGAUGCAGGAUUCAGAACAACAGUUGAUGGAAGAGAAAGCCAAGUCAGCUCGACUUGAAGACGAACUAAGAAGACUCCGAGCCCAACGGAGAGGAGAUGGAGGAGUUCAUUCUGUUGUCAGACGAUCCUAG